AUGAAGAAUCUAGUAACGACGUGUCUUUUAGUAUGUAUGCUUGGGCAAAAUUAUGGCUCGCCAAUGCCUCCAAGGCCUCAGAAAGUACAAGAGGAACUUCUUCCUAUCGAAAUGGACGAUAUGAUUAAAGGUCGUUUCAGUCCAAAGGGAUUUAAUGGAUCGUGGGUUUCGGAUACAACAUUGGUAUUUAAAAAUGAAGAGGGCGAUUUGCAACUAUACGAUGUACGCAAAAAAACGCAGAAGAACUAUGUUUGCCAAGAAGAUAUUAGAAGUGCUCUUUACCUCGAACAAGAAAGAAAAAAAGCUUCUUGUAACAAUGAUCUGACACCGGUAAAAGCUACGAUCACAGAGAAAAAAUCUACAAGCAGUUGCAGACAUCAUUUUUGCAAUUGUUGCAAAAAUGAAACUAAAGAUGCAGGAUUUAGAUAUUCUUCGCUCUUUAGAUGUUUCAUAUACCAUGUUGAAUCAAAAGAAAUUGUGCCAAUAGCUUCAGAUAAGCAUGUUCAGUUAGCAAAAUGGGUUCCUGAGAGCAGUUCAAUAAUUUAUAUAAAAGAUAAUAACGUUUAUUAUCGGCGUGGACCAGCAAUAGGAAAUAAAGAGAUUCAGCUGACUUGUGAUGGAGAACCAGGCGUAAAAUAUAAUGGUGUCACAGAUUGGGUGUACGAAGAGGAAGUAUUUGCAUCGGGAAAUGCACUCUGGUUAUCAAACGACGGUUUGAGACUUGCAAUUGCAUCAUUUGAUGAUACUGCUGUCGAUGAAGUUAUGCAUUUUCAAUACGGAGACGCUGGGUCCCCAGAAAGCCAGUAUCCAGAACUUGUGGAAUUGCGCUAUCCCAAACCGGGAAGACCAAAUCCUAAGGCAACCGUACGUGCUUUGCGUUUGUGUGAUGUCAAAGACAGAAAUGUUAAUUGGGUCUCUAUGCUAGCUCCUGUAGAAGACGUUGGCAAAGACCAUUUAAUAGCUGAUGUAAAAUGGGCAACUGAUAUAGAAUUAGCGAUCACAUGGAUGAGCAGAAAACAAAACGUAUCAGUCCUAUUGAUUUGCCACGCAGAUACUGGUUUCUGCCAAAUGGAGCACAAGGAAGUGGCUCAAGUUGGCUGGGUAGACGUGCAUAGUCCAACAUUUUAUCCUGAUGGCAAACAUUAUUUAAUCGUGCGGCCGUUGAAACAAUCAGACGGAAGGUCGUGGUCGCAGCUGAUCAGUGUGGAACGUGGAGGUGUUGCUACUCCUUUAACCAGUGGCAGAAGAGCUGUUUUAUCGGUUCUUGGCAUAGAUUCAGUACGAGAUCAUAUAUUUUACGUAGCGACUUCCGCAGAAAUGAGUUCUCAUAGGGAAGUCUACAUCGGUGGAAUGAAAAACUUGUGUUUGACUCAACUUUUAAGCAAUGACGAUGGUACCAUAUGUCGUCAUGGUGGUGCAAGUUUUAGUAAAAACUAUACAUACGCCGUCGUAGCAUGCACGGGUCCUACUCCACCGACCAUCAUGAUAUUUGACGUCGUCGUAAGUAAAACUUGGAAAGAACGCAGAGUGCUUAUUUGGGAAGAUAACGCCAGUCUUCGCGAACAAUUAGCCAAGUACAAGAAGCCACAUGUCCGUGAUAUGAAAAUUGAUGUACCAAAUGGUUUCCAAGCUGAAGUCAGACUCCAUCUGACGCCAGAUUUUGAUGAAUGUGAUAAUACCACUAAAUACCCCAUGAUUGUAGGUGUUUAUGCUGGACCAGCUUUCAAGAAAAUAGUCGAUGUCUAUACAUUAGGAUACAACAAGUAUUUGCUGACAAAUAGAAAUUUUCUUUAUUGCGAAAUCGAUAGCAGAGGAUCCGGUUACAGAAGCAACGAGAUGCUUUACGAGAUCAACAAUGCUCUUGGGACUGUAGAGAUAGAUGAUCAGAUCUUAGUUACCAAAAAAUUAACCGAGAUGUUCAGUUUCAUCGACGCCAAACGUAUAGGGAUUUGGGGUUGGAGUUACGGGGGAUACGCGGCUGCAAUGGUACUUGUUCGUGACAAAGAAAACGUGUUCAGAGCUGGCGUGGCAGUCGCUCCUGUCACCUCCUGGUUGUAUUAUGACACGAUUUACACUGAACGUUACAUGGGAAUGCCAUCGGACAACCAGGCGGGGUACAACGAAAGCGACAUCGUUCUGCAUGCGGAAGCGUUUCGGGGAAAAAGAUUCCUAUUAAUACACGGAAGUUCCGAUGAUAAUGUACAUUACCAAAAUGCAAUGCAAUUAGUUCGACAACUUCAACUGUUGGAUAUACCUUUCGAGUGUCAGAGUUAUCCGAACGAGAAUCAUGGUUUGAGAUCAGUUCUUCCUCAUGUUUAUCAUACAAUCGAUAACUUUUGGACGAAACAUUUUUCAUACUGCAAUUUUACUGUAUGA